UGCUAGAGAAGAUGGAACAUGAUGACAUCUGUAAUAAAACUCUGAAGAUUACAGACUUUGGUCUGGCUAGAGAGUGGCACAGAACAACCAAAAUGAGUGCAGCAGGGACUUACGCAUGGAUGGCUCCAGAAGUUAUCAAGUCCUCCAUGUUUUCUAAAGGAAGUGAUAUUUGGAGUUAUGGAGUGUUGCUGUGGGAACUGCUUACAGGAGAAGUUCCUUACCGUGGCAUUGAUGGCCUUGCUGUGGCUUACGGAGUUGCUGUCAAUAAGCUUACUUUGCCCAUUCCAUCCACCUGCCCUGAACCGUUUGCAAAACUAAUGAAAGAAUGCUGGGAGCAGGACCCUCAUAUCCGACCAUCGUUUGCCUUAAUUCUUGAACAGCUUACUGCCAUUGAAGGGGCAGUUAUGACUGAAAUGCCUCAAGAGUCUUUCCAUUCUAUGCAAGAUGACUGGAAAUUGGAAAUUCAGCAGAUAUUCAAUGAAUUGAGGACUAAGGAAAAAGAGCUUCGAUCACGAGAAGAGGAGUUGACAAGAGCAGCUCUUCAGCAAAAAUCUCAAGAAGAAUUACUUAAACGUCGUGAGCAGCAGUUAGCAGAACGAGAGAUUGAUGUAUUGGAGCGUGAGCUGAAUAUCAUGAUAUUCCAGUUAAACCAAGAGAAACCCAAUGUAAAGAAGAGGAAGGGCAAAUUUAAAAGAAGCAGGUUAAAACUUAAAGAUGGACACAGAAUUAGUUUGCCUUCAGAUUUCCAGCACAAAAUAACAGUGCAGGCAUCCCCCAAUCUGGAUAAGAGGAGGAGUUUAAACAGUAACAGCUCUAGUCCAUCGAGCAGCCCCACAAUAAUUCCUCGUCUUCGAGCUAUACAAUUAACUUCAGAUGAAAGUAACAGAACUUGGGGAAGGAGCACAACUUAUCACCAAGAAGAGUUUGAAGAUGUGAAGAGAAGUUUUAAAAAGAGAGGUUGUACAUGGGGACCAAGUUCAGUUCAAAGCAAGGAUCGUGCAGAUUGUAAGGACAAAAUAAGACCCCUUUCAGAUGGCAGCAACCCUUGGUCAACUGUUCUAAUGAAAAAUCAGAAGGGUGUUCCUUUAGCUUCACUAUUUGUGGACCAAGGUGUCUGUAUUGAUAAGAAACUUCUCCCUGAAGGUUUGGACAGUAAAAGACCAAAGCCAAUUAAGUUGCCAAAUCAGGCCUAUAUUAACCUACCUCUGUGGAAAGAUGAUCAGGGAGAGAAUACAGUAGAACAUGAGAGCUUUGAAGAAGGAACCUCUGCUAGUUCUACAAAUAGUACUCCUCAAAUGACACCUACAAACAGUCUGAGCAGGACGCUGCAGAAAAAGAAGACUGAUUCAGUGCUGUACGGGUGUGCUGUCCUGCUUGCAUCUGUUGCCCUGGGCUUAGAUAUCAGAGAGCUGAACAGACCACAGGGUCCAGAUGAACUUUUGCCUAAGGAUGAGAAGAAGAAGCGUGAUGGAAUAUUUCAGCGUGCUUCAAUAUUUCGCAGGAGUGCCAGCCCUACACGACUACAGUCCAAGAAAGAGGAAACAAAUGUUCCAACCCUAAAUCCAGCUGCAAAUACUGUGAAUCUUCUCUCUAUGCCCUCCAUUUCCACAAAAUGUUUACUUCAGCCUGACAGCGAAGAUGCGUUUGUAAGCACUGUGCUUGAUGAUUGUGGUCCAUGUAGUUCUACUGAUGACUUUUUAUCUGAAACUUCUGAAAGUAAGAGAGAAGAGAGGAUACAGCUGGCUUCUAAUGCAGGUUCUACUCGAUUGAAAAAUCGGCCUUUUGAUCUUUGUCAGAAAGAAGAAUCUCAAAAUCUGCAAAAUGAUUCCGUGACAAAGUUAUGUGUGUUGGGUCACAGGCGAACCUUAUCAGAUGGGAACAAUUUUCAGACCACAGCUAAUGGAUUUGCUUCAACCAAUGUUGUCUCCACAAUACCAGUUCUAUCAGUUACUGGAACUCUGCACUCUCCGUCUGUUCAGCAAAGAAGCAAUCACGGUGUUUCAACUGAAAAGCAAAGCACUGUCAAUAUUAUAUCAAGGCCUCGACCUUCUUCUCUAAGAAGUAAAAUCGAUUCAUGGCAGAUUAUUCCACGUAUUAUUAAACCAAACUCUAAAGACUCUGAAUGUCUAGAGGGCAAUGUAGAUUCAGAUGUUACCUUCUUGCCAGAUACUGAGGAAAGAACUAACUGCCACAUGCCCUCAUUACUUGAUAUUGAUGUGGAAGGUCAAAACAGAGACUGUACUGUGCCUUUAUGUAGAAUGAAGAGCAAAACUUGUCGACCAUCUAUAUAUGAACUGGAGAGGGAGUUUCUGUCAUGAGUGCCUUUCAUUUUUAAAAUGUUUGCUUUUUAAAGGGGAACAAAUAUAAAAUUCUUGUCC